CAGAAUAUAUUAAAGCAACCAAAUAACCAAAACUGCAACAACAUAGGAACACUUCUGUCUUUCUCUUUCUAUUUCUAUUUUUUCAAUUUCAUUUUCUCUUUACUUUCUCUCUCUCUCAAACAAUCAAAACAAUUAAACAAACACGGUUCUGUAACAGACACAGUUUCUCUUUAUUUUAUUUUAUUUUAUUUUAUUUUGAGGGUCUCUUUUUUGUGGGACUCUCUCUGGGUUUUGAGACAACAACAUCAUCGAAGAACAAAAACAACAUGAGUUGUUUUCGUUGUGUAGGAAAAUCACGCGAAAAGAUCGAAAACAAGAACAAUUCUAGCUAUAUAGAGAAGAAGCAGAGUACUAUCAGUUCAGCUGAUAAGGUCAAAAUUGAUAUGCAUUUGAAUUUGAGUGUGAAUGAUAAAAGUGAAGAUGAUUCGAAACACGAUCAACUUUCGUUGGACGUGAAGAAUUUGAAUUUGAAUGACGAGGUUUCAACUGAUGGAAAAGUUGCAAAGACAUUUACUUUUGAUGAGCUUGCAGCUGCAACAGGAAAUUUUAGGGUUGAUACCUUUGUUGGUGAAGGAGGGUUUGGCAAGGUUUAUAAGGGAUACAUUGAGAAAAUUAAUCAGGUUGUUGCAAUAAAGCAACUUGACCCGAACGGGCUUCAAGGAAUAAGGGAAUUCGUUGUUGAAGUGUUAACACUUAGUUUGGCAGACCACGAGAACCUUGUCAAGUUAUUAGGGUUUUGUGCCGAGGGAGAGCAGAGGCUAUUGGUUUAUGAGUACAUGCCAUUGGGAUCUUUGGAGAAUCAUUUGCAUGACCUUUCGCCCAGGAAAAAACGACUGGAUUGGAAUACAAGAAUGAAAAUAGCUGCUGGUGCAGCUAGAGGUUUGGAGUAUUUGCAUACCAAAAUGAAGCCACCUGUCAUAUACCGCGACCUCAAAUGCUCCAACAUUUUGUUAGGCGAUGAUUAUCAUCCCAAGUUAUCUGAUUUUGGCUUGGCGAAAGUAGGUCCAAUUGGUGAUAAGACUCAUGUUUCGACAAGAGUUAUGGGCACAUAUGGGUACUGUGCUCCAGAUUACGCAAUGACGGGUCAAUUGACAUUCAAGUCUGACAUUUACAGCUUUGGUGUUGUUCUUUUGGAGCUCAUCACAGGCAGGAAGGCCAUCGAUCAUAGGAAACCUCAUAAAGAACAAAAUCUUGUUGCAUGGGCAAGGCCUUUAUUCAGAGACCGAAGAAGAUUCUCAGAGAUGGUUGAUCCAUUGCUUGAAGGUCAAUAUCCAGUAAGAGGUUUGUACCAAUCUCUUGCUAUUGCUGCUAUGUGUGUGCAAGAACAGCCUAAUAUGCGACCGGUUACAUCUGAUGUGGUCACGGCUCUAAAUUACCUUGCUUCACAAAAAUAUGAUCCUCAAAUUCAUCCGAUACAAAGAUCUAGAAAACGUUCAUCUUCCCCAGGAAAGAGUGAAGGUCAUAGACGUGUUACUAGUAAUGACUCGGAGACGUCAGACAGAUCGAAAGAUUAGAAAAAGUGGAGUAGUGUUCCGAGCCAUUUACAUUGAAAUGUGCCUAGUUAUCAGAUUUUGUUUCAUAGGAGAUAUCAGGUUCCUCUGAAAAUCUCAACUAUUGCACAAAGAAAAUUUGUUCUUUUUAGUUCCCCCCAUCCUCUUUGUACAUUUGAGAUUACUCUUUUGCAUUAAAGAUGCUUCUCAUUAGGAUA